UGUGUGUGUGUGUGUACGCGCGAUAACUCAGACGUCACAGGCUGCCGUUAGUCCAGUUCAGUUCAGAUCAGAUCAGCCGUUGGUUUCUCUCCGGAGGUUAACGGAACUAAUCGGGACCCGAAAGCGGUUGAACCCGGGACAUCCCGCCUCACAGUCUGCACCGGGACACUUUACAAUUCAAUUUAACCCGAAAUCAGCACCGCAAACAGCCAGGGCGGAGGGAGGGAGAGAGAGCCGCCGUUAACGUAACGCCUGUGACGUCGGUCCGCCCGGGGUGCUGCUCCACCGGGUUUACCACCACGCUGUUUGUCCUAAGGGCCUUUAUCGGUGUUUACUGACUGAUCGAUUGACCCGACCGGAGUCUAAUUGUGGGAUCGAUAAGUGUGUGAUGAUGGAGAGGAAGAAGACGGACUGCCCCGCUCUGCCGCCCGGCUGGAAGAAGGAAGAAGUGAUCAGGAAGUCCGGACUGAGCGCUGGAAAGAGCGACAUCUACUACUACAGUCCUACAGGGAAGAAGUUCAGGAGUAAGCCUCAGUUGUCCCGUUACCUCGGAAACACAGUGGACCUGGCAUGUUUCGACUUCCGGACAGGGAAGAUAAUGCCCGGGAAAAUGCAGAAGAACAAACAGAGACUCCGACAUGACCCGCUCAGCAUGUCCAAGGGAGGCAAACCGGACCUGAACACAGCCCUGCCCAUCAGACAGACGGCAUCCAUCUUUAAACAGCCUGUUACCAAGGUUACAAGUCACCCCGGCAACAAGGUGAAGGCAGACCUCCAGAGAGCGACUGAGCAGCCAAGACAGCUAUUUUGGGAGAGGAGGUUGAAAGGUCUCCGGUCGUCGGACGUCACAGAGGAAGUCUUGAGGACCAUGGAUCUACCCAAAGGACUUCAGGGUGUUGGUCCGGACUCCAGUGACGACACUCUGCUGUCGGCCAUCGCCAGCGCUCUGCACAUGAGCUCUGCUCCCAUUACGGGUCAGACGUCUGUGGCUGCUGAGAAGAACCCGGCCAUCUGGCUCAACACGUCCCAGCCACUCUGCAAGGCCUUCACCGUCACUGACGAACACAUCCGGGAGCAGGAGAUGAAAGUGUACCAGGCCAGGAGGAGCCUGGAGGAGGCGCUGAUGGCCGACAGUUUGGCGCGGGCCGCCGAAAACACCCGAGAGCUGCUUGAGGGGAAGACGGCCUGAAGACAGACAGAUUUCCUCUGUUCACCAGCCUCAGGUUCAUCAUCAUCAUCAUCAUCAUCAUCAUCAUCUUAAUCCAGACAACAAACCAAAAACCAGAUCCUGACACAGACUGAACCAUCACCUGAUCCAUUGUGUCAGUGGGUGAUAGCUUCUACCUUCCCGUUAAAGAAACCUUCUAUCCAGGACGACAUCAAACUGGACAUCUGUCAGCAUCUGGAAACAAAUGCUUAUUUUUCCAGACCAAUGGAAGCAGCAACCGCAGAAAUAAUGACAUCAGCUACACCAGUUUCAACAUGAUAGGGCAGCAAACAACAGGAACUGCAGCUCGGGAACACGAGGAGCAACAGCAGCAAUAAGUUGAGUCAACCAGCUCAAUGUGACAACCGAAGCCUUUAAUCCUCUCAGUGAUUCAUCAUCUGUGCAAACUUUACAACAAGCGCUUAUUUUAUGUCAGUUUUCAAAUUUAUAUAUUUUAGUUUUCUUUUCUUUUUUUUAAUGUAAAACUGAUGAAAAAAAAAUACUGAAGAGCAAAUUUCCUCAUUCAACCCAAAGUCAGGUUGCAAACUGCUGGACGGCUUUUGCUAACUCUACUAACUCUUGUUGUGCUCUUUGAUGAUUUUUGGUUGUUUGUGGUGUCAGAUUGUUGUCUUUUUUUUUUCUUUUUUUCUUUUUUAAAGGUCUUCAGGGGUUUUAAUUAAAUAAUGAGAAUUUACAUGAAUAUGAAAUAGAAGAGUUGCUUAUUUAAAACAAAUUUUAUACCUUGAGAGAACAUAUGUGUACAUUUCUUGGACUGGAGUCAAUAAAUGAUUAUAUUCACAAUCAUUUGUUGGUACUUUUUAAAACAAUCUGUUGAUAUAUGACUGUUUCUGAUGAUGAUGAUUAAUGCCUUUUAAGAAAAGCUCAUCAUUUUGUUUUUGAGAGUGAAAUAAGGGGGUUAAUAAUCUGUUGCUGUGUCUCAAAUGACAUACUUCUGUUAGUACACUGUGUACACUCUGUACUUGUGUAGUGUACAAAUUUUGACAGGUUAAUGUUGUCUCAAAUCAAACACGGCUGUUUCGCACUUACUAGAAAU